GGGAGCGCUCCGCCCAGCGCCGGCCGGGCACUUUCUCGCUUCAAAAAAAAAAAAAAAAAAAAAAAAAAAAAAAAAAAAAAGAGGGAAAAAAAAAAAAAAAAAACAGCGCCUCCGACCCUCCCCCCGAGUUGCAAUUAGCAUCCUCCCCGCUGCUGCUGGGCGCCGCGGCGGGGCUCCGCUGCCCCCGUCCGCUCCCGGCGCGGCGGCGGGCGGAGCAGGAGCGGCUCGGCACGGCUCGGCACGGCGCGGAGCGGAGCGGAGCGGAGCGGAGCGGGGGGGAGGCUUAAGUUUUUGUGCGGGGCGAGCGGCUGGCACUGGAAGGUGGAUCUCCGGCAGGCACAACCCGGCGGCGGCGGGCAGGGAUGCGGCGCUGAAGCGGUGCGGGGAGGCCGGCCGGGCCGAGCCGAGCCGAGCCGGGCCGAGCCGAGCCGUGCCGGGCGGCCAGCAGCAGGAUCGAUAGUGGCGUUAUGCAUGCCGACUCCCGUGAGUUUUCCUGAGUUCCUGGGGGACUGCUUUGCUUUUUGAAUCAGAAAGUUGCAAAAUACCAUCAAGAAUGGCACUUGUGGAUAAACACAAAGUCAAGCGACAGCGACUGGACAGAAUUUGUGAAGGUAUCCGCCCUCAGAUCAUGAACGGCCCCAUGCACCCCCGGCCCCUGGUGGCACUGCUGGACGGCAGGGACUGCACGGUGGAGAUGCCCAUCCUGAAGGAUCUGGCGACCGUGGCAUUCUGUGACGCACAAUCAACUCAGGAGAUCCACGAGAAGGUAUUAAACGAAGCCGUUGGGGCCAUGAUGUACCACACCAUCACGCUGACCCGAGAAGAUCUAGAGAAGUUCAAGGCCUUGCGGGUCAUUGUUCGAAUAGGCAGCGGCUACGACAACAUUGACAUCAAAGCGGCGGGGGAGCUCGGCAUCGCCGUCUGCAACAUCCCCUCGGCCGCCGUGGAGGAGACGGCCGACUCCACCGUGUGCCACGUCCUCAACCUCUACCGGCGCAACACGUGGCUGUACCAGGCGCUGCGGGAGGGCACGCGGGUGCAGAGCGUGGAGCAGAUCCGCGAGGUGGCCUCCGGCGCCGCCCGCAUCCGGGGGGAGACGCUCGGCCUCAUCGGCUUCGGUCGCACUGCCCAGGCGGUUGCAGUCCGAGCCAAGGCGUUUGGCUUCAACGUGAUAUUUUAUGACCCGUACCUGCAGGAUGGCAUAGAGAGGUCCCUGGGAGUGCAGCGAGUCUACACGCUCCAGGACCUGCUCUACCAGAGCGACUGUGUCUCGUUGCACUGUAACCUGAACGAACACAACCACCACCUGAUCAACGACUUCACGAUUAAGCAGGUAACGAAGCAGCAGAGCGCAGGCACAAACCACGCCUCGGUGCCGGGUGUCUGCGGUGCCAGCCUGUGGGCUGCCUCCAGAACCGCUGGUCACCCCAUGUCCCGUGGUGUUUGUGGGGUGCAGCACAUUCCCUGGGGAGCAGCUCUCUGCUCCAUGGCGCGGAGGCGGCUGCGGGACCGGGUCGUGUUUGCUGCCACCAGCCCGCGCUGGCCUUGCCAGCAAAACCCCUGUGCCCCGGAACGGGGCCCUGCUUGCAGCCACAGGGGUUCUGCUGAACCAGGGGAUGAGGGUACAGCCCCGGGGUGCCUCCCAGGGCAGGACCAAGCGCUGGCCAUGGCACCGAGAUCUCACUCCUCUCUCUCCCGGCGUCGCCAGAUGCGGCAGGGCGCGUUCCUGGUGAACACGGCGCGUGGGGGGCUGGUGGACGAGAAGGCCUUAACUCAAGCCCUGAAGGAGGGACGGAUACGAGGGGCUGCGCUCGACGUGCACGAGUCAGAACCGUUUAGUUUUGCUCAAGGCCCAUUGAAAGAUGCUCCUAACCUAAUCUGUACCCCGCACACCGCCUGGUACAGCGAGCAGGCGUCGCUAGAGAUGAGGGAAGCUGCUGCCACCGAAAUCCGGCGCGCGAUCACAGGGCGCAUUCCAGAAAGCCUACGGAACUGCGUGAACAAGGAAUUCUUUGUCACAACGGCUCCGUGGUCAGUAAUAGAUCAGCAAGCAAUCCAUCCAGAGCUCAAUGGUGCCACAUACAGGUAUCCCCCCGGGAUGGUGAGCGUCGCGCCGGGAGGCAUACCAGCGGCCAUGGAGGGCAUCAUUCCCGGCGGCAUCCCCGUGACCCACAACCUGCCCACCGUGGCGCACCCCUCCCAAGCUCCGUCGCCGAACCAGCCCACGAAACACGGGGACAACAGGGAACAUCCCAACGAGCAAUAGCAGCUAAUUUAAAAA